ACAUUUGUACUGAUGUCCACACUAGCACCCAUGUCCUCUCACAGCCUGACGGUUUUAUGUGUGUGUGCGCGCGCGUGCAUGUGUGAGUGAGUGUGAGAGGGGGCUGCAGACAAACUGGGUAACAGGAGCUCUUUCUCUGGAUCUGCAUUUUCAUCUCCAAAGCCUGGACUGGAUUAUUAUUUUUUCUUCUGUGAGCCACAUAACAGGAUACCUGUUACUCCCUAUUUGGGCGUUAAUAAGAGAACAGUGUCGCGGGUGUGAGCACGACUCGAGCUGCAGAUGCAUGAGAGGCUGGACCCACUUGCCCCGAUCUGCUCCCUAGAGAAGACGACACUGGUUGUCUGCUCGAGGAAAAGAAACCGGUUCCCUGGAUUAAAGUGUGCACACGCUCAUCAAGGGAGCAAAGGAUUGUGGGUUACCUGAAGACGUGGACUACGCAAGUGAGCAGGCCUGGAUUGAGCCUGUGGCUGAGAGGAUUGGCAUGGCUCAGACCAGCUUUGUGUCAACCCAUCAUGUCAGCCGGGCCUGAUGGCAGGAAGGAGCCUUUGUUGAAGCUCAUGCUGUCCAACUCACGGAUCACUAUACCACGAAAAAAGAGAAUCUAAUGUGCCGUUAUGGCUAUUGAGCUCGACAACCCAAGCAGCCAUUAGGAUUUUUAAUAUCACCUGAGAGAGCACGCUGGUUUUUAGCCAGUGAGGAUGCUUUUGGUGCAGGCUUAUUUGCCAUGGUAAAGGCUUUGUAAGAAUGAGCCUUUGACAACACCGGGGAGGUCAUCGUCCAAACAAGGAUUAGCUCGGCAAAUACUGACCAGGUCAGGAAAUCACAAGCGACCCCUUGGACAAACUUUUUUUUCCUUUCACAGAGGAUAAGAGCAGUUUCUAGCAGGAACCUUGAUUGGAUUUUUUUCCUUUUUCGUUUGCUGGAAAGGAUUUACUGCCUUGUUUAAAUCAGGGCCUCUUGAGUGAUUGGUUCGCCAGGAGAAACACCUUCAAGAUGGUUCGUCGGUGCAAGUCCUUCAUCCUCUUCCUCAUCAGGAUCGGGCUGCUGCUUGGUCUUGCUAACCCGCUGGUCACAUCUGCCUCGUGUCCUUCAGUCUGUCGCUGUGACAUGACCUUCAUAUACUGCAACGACCGUGGCCUGACUUCCAUUCCUACGGGUAUUCCCCAGGACGCUACGGUGCUCUUUUUGCAAAACAACCGAAUUAAAAGUUCUGGCAUCCCUGCAGAUCUUCGCAGACUCACGAAUGUGGAAAAGAUUUACCUCUACUGCAACAACCUAGAUGAGUUCCCUACAAAUCUUCCUCUUGGGCUAAAAGAGCUUCACCUUCAGGAGAACAACGUUCGGAUGAUUACCCAUUCCUCUUUAGCCCAAAUUCCCUACAUUGAGGAGCUUCACCUGGAUGAUAACUCUGUUUCAGCCGUCAGCAUAGAGGAGGGGGCUUUCCGGGACAGUAAUCACCUGAGACUGCUAUUCCUCUCCCGAAACCAUCUUAGCACCAUCCCUUCAGGCCUCCCCAUGAGCAUCGAGGAGCUGCGCUUUGAUGACAACCGCAUUUCCUCCAUCUCAGAGCAAUCGCUGCAAGAUCUCAUCAACCUGAAACGACUGAUCCUGGAUGGUAACCUGCUCAACAACCGAGGGAUUGGGGAGAUGGCUUUCAUCAACCUGAUCAACCUGACUGAGCUCUCACUCGUGAGGAACUCCCUGACAUCGCCGCCAGCAAACUUGCCAGGCACCUGUUUGGAAAAGCUGCAAUUACAGGAUAAUCAUAUUAAUCGGGUGCCACCUGGGGCUUUUGCUUUCCUCAGGCAGCUGUAUCGUCUGGACCUGUCUGGUAACAACUUGAGCAGCCUCCCACAGGGUGUUUUUGAAGAUCUGGACAACCUCACACAGCUCUUGCUCCGAAACAACCCUUGGCAAUGUACUUGCAGGAUGAAAUGGGUGCGUGACUGGUUGCGGUCGCUUCCAUCAAAGGUGAAUGUGCGUGGGUUUAUGUGCCAAGGACCUGAUAAGGUGAAAGGCAUGGCAAUUAAGGACCUAACCACAGACAUGUUUGGCUGCCCAGAUUCAGAACUCUUCUCCACAUAUGAGACGAGCACAGUCUCCAACACAUUACGCCCAUCGCAGCCCCUGUGGCCCUCCUUUGUCACUAAAAGGCCUGUGGUAAAAGGGCCUGACAUCAGUAAGACUUACCACGGCACAACCAUCUCUUCAGGCAAAAAGAUCAUCACCAUCAGUGUGAAAUCAAGUAGUGCAGACGCUAUACAUAUAUCAUGGAGGGUGUCACAACCCAUGACUGCCCUGCGGCUCAGUUGGCUAAAGCUGGGUCACAGCCCUGCCUUUGGCUCCAUCACUGAGACCAUUGUGCAGGGAGAGAAGACGGAGUAUCUGCUCACUGCUCUUGAGCCAGAGUCCUCCUAUAGAAUUUGCAUGGUUCCUAUGGAGACCAGUAAUAUUUACCUGUCAGAUGAGACCCCUGUUUGCAUUGAGACAGAGACCAGUUCUCACAAACCAUACCAUCCAACUACAACGUUAAAUCGAGAGCAGGAGAAAGAGCCUUUCAAAAAUUCAAGUCUGCCAUUGGCUGCCAUCAUCGGAGGGGCUGUGGCUCUGUUGGCAAUAAUCAUGCUGGCACUAGUGUGCUGGUAUGUCCACAGGAAUGGCUCGCUUUUUUCCAGGAACUGCACUUAUAACAAAGGUCGCCGAAGAAAAGAUGACUAUGCUGAGGCUGGCACUAAAAAGGACAACUCUAUCCUGGAAAUAAGAGAGACUUCUUUUCAAAUGAUACCUAUAAAUCACCUGCCGGUGUCCAAGGAGGAGUUUGUCAUACACACAAUUUUCCCACCUAAUGGCUUAAGUUUAUACAAAAGCCCACAUAGUGAGAACAACCUUAACAACAGAAGCUACAGAGACAGUGGAAUACCAGACUCAGACCAUUCCCAUUCGUGAUAUUGCACACGGACAUUUACGAUGAGUGUGUGACUAAAACAAAAGUGGCAAGACUUUCACAAAACACUGGAUAUAUAGAACUAAGGGAGCAAUGUUCUGUGCAUUUGCCAUAUAAUUUAUAUUUAAGGACAUUUUAUGAAGACUGAGAACGUUCCAGUUGCAGGCGCUUGCUGAGCUAUCAGUGAAUAACUACCUGCACAUCUAUAUUUUAGGGAUUUGUAGUAAUUUGUACUGUACUUCCUUUGCUUAAGGUUAUCAACCAACAAAAGAAACUCUGUGUUCUAUUAAGAUAUGAUGACUUGUCAACUGUGAAAGUGGGUUUUCAUUGCUGUGUUGAACAAUCAGACUCUAGGAAACCUUGUAGUAUAAGCACAGGUCGUUCUUUUAACUUUGUGGCUGUUAGAAAAAGAUUUUAAAAAAAGAAGAAAAAUAUGGCAAGACAGUAAAUCAAAAGGCACAGAUGAUCAACAAAUUCACAAAGCAGGCAUGCUGUCCUCUAAAAGAAUGAGCAGUCAGUAGCUAUCACCACCUACUUUGGACCAAGAAUUUCUUCUAGUAUUCAUCUAACGUGUGGUUAUGGAUAACUAAAAAUAAGGUGCCACGUUUUUUUAAUUUUAAUAUUUUAUUUCCUCUUUGCUCGGUGCGUUGUUUAUUUUUUUCUGUUUGCGAGUAGACGACACACAGAAACGCAGGGUUCCAACGUUACUGAUAGGAUUGUAGGCCUCAGCACAGGGCAUAAAGCACAUCAACCUUACGGAGCUCUCGACUCCAGACAUGUAGAGCGGUCAGCGGACACAAAGAACCCCCAACCAACUCUUAUUUGUACAAGCCAACAAAGGCCAAACGACAAUAGCAGCAUUGUUUAGUACCAUGUACCAUUCGUCAUGCUACUCUCCAGGCCAAAAACAAAGCAAAACACACUGGCUUUCAUCUGAAUUACCACGGUGUCCACAACUUUUGUUAUGAUUAUUAUUAUUAUUAUUUUUAAAUGAACACACUUUUAUGUUGCCACAGUUUGAAGUUCUUUACAAUUGAAAACCAAAGUGCAUUGUAUGCCCUUUGGCCAGUCUUGUAUGUGCCUUGAUCUAAUGCUUACUGUAUUUAGCUUUUUAAGAGACCAGUGACUUUUUUUCAUACACACUUGAAUAUGAAAAUAUUGGUCAUAUUAAAGAAUAAAAGUGGACUAAAAAAAUGUUUUUCUCCAUGUCUUACAUCGAGUAUAAGAAAAAGCUAUUUUCCUCAAAUUAUCUUCAGUUAUAGUUACCUCGUUAUGAUUGCUUGUGCUAGAUUUGACAAAAUUAUGACAAUAUUAAUUGCCAAACGGCACAAGAACCUAAUUUUACUGAUGAAAUUAAUCAAAGAUAAUACCUAGAAAUAGAAAAACACAACCUACAGUAUUUUUGUCCUCCAUGAACACAAGAUAACUUGGCCCUUAUAGCCAAUUUUCAUGGUACGGGACAUCAUUCGUAGUACAAGUCAUCAUUAAGUCUAGCACUGCUCUUUUCCACACCAUCGGCAUUACACACAGCAGCAUCUGCUCAAGUCUGCCAUUGUUCUUUCAUGCUGGUAUGUCAUGUGUUACUUAUCAGGUUGGUCCGACGGUGGAGCAGAAAUUAGGCAGUAGACAGUGGACUCUAGGGUUUGAUGAACCUCCGAGGCACGACGAGUCACCGUAUGGAGGCUGGUACAGGCAGACUCUGCAGGGGACGUUCCUCUCUCCAGAGGAGGGAAUAUAUACACACCACUUGAGACAGCACACUUAUGAUAUGGUUGCAUCUCACAGUGAAUUAAAUAGUAUUCAUGCAAAGCUGCAAUAUGGAAAAUGAGAUCAUUUCGUACGUUUAAGGCUAACGGUGGUUCGUCUAAAGUUUAUGAAAUAGAGAUUGCACCACCCGGUUUCUGAGAAGUCUUUUAAACAAAAGCAUUUAAUGUGCAUCAGAGAAGCAUUUUAUCACAUUCAAACAGCCAGAAGCUUUGUGAACGUUUUAAUUACAGCAAAAGUAGCUGCAAAAGGCAUCAUAAUAAGUUGGAAUAAACAGAAGUGGUGGAUUUUCCAUCCUAGUGAUGUCAGAGGUUUUCCACUAAUAAAAUCUUCAACAUAAAGGGCAUUUUAUCCUAAUAAUAUGAAAUAAACAUUGUGCUACAAUUCAUGGCACACAAGUAAAUAAAAAAUAAUUCUAAUUAAAUGUUUCUUUAUAAACCUUUGUUACCAUCUUAGCCAAAACAUGUCAACAAAGACUCUAGCUGGCCUUACAUCAGCUUUGACUUAUUUCCAUAGUAUCCAAACGUUAGGAACACAAGAAUCUCUCGCAAUGUUUCAAGAAUUAUAUCUGAGACAGAGAUUCUCCAAAUGUUAUGUAUGAAUGAGCCCACUGUGGUUCCUUAAUGCAGCAGCCUUGUGUUUUCUUUCGUGCCCUUGAGGGUGAAGUACAUGGGUCAGUAGUGAAUGUGGUGUGUUGAUCACUUCGAAGAGAACGAGUAAGCAUUUUCACUAAUUCACACACCUGAGUGAUGAAUUGCAGCUGAGUGAAACUGUGAAAGGAGCGUUCGAUUGUUCCAACUUUCACUGAAAAAUCAAGAAUAAAACUGAGCUGUAUUGAGGGUUUUCAGCUGAGAACAAGACUCCUGAUGACCCUCCCUGACCUCACUUAUCACUCCUCACCCCUUGACCCAUCUGCUCUUCUAAAGAGUUAGUUCAUCACUGUCAAGUUCUCGCUGGGGUCAGAUAGUGCUCUGAACAACAGAAGCUGCCUGAUGCAUUUGUCUCUUGUGUCACAAAUGCAGCUUGAUUACGUUUUUCCUUUAUGCAACGCUGUGAUUAAAGCUAACGGGGCAGCUGCACCGUCUGCACGCAGCUUCUGUUAUUCCCAUUGUGAUCGGACUGGUCAGGGAGUCGGUCACAUUAGCAUUCCUAUAGAUGCUUGCAUCUGACUACCCCUCCAUGGCCUCACCCACUCAGCAGCCUGAGCGUGGUUUUUAUCUGUCAGCACCGUCAGUCGGAUCAGAAAGUACACGCAACGUGGCCCUAAGACUGAUUAGGAAGGUCAGGUCAGUUUCAGUUCAAGAAUCUCAAGAGAUGAAAAAUUGAUGCAUAUCAGCGCCAACAAAACACAUGAACUAAUCAGAGACUGUGAGAAGUAACCUGGACGCUCUGCUCCUGGAAAGACCUUCUGGCAUUCAUUACAUUCUUCACAGCAAAUCUUGAAACUAUGGAGAAAUCACUUUGGAGAAAAGGUCAAAGAUUUCUCUAAUGGUUUAAGUGGGUUGAGAUCUUUUCAAAGUGAUUGUUUGAGGAAAUGCCAAUAAUUCCACUCUGAGACGAUCAAUGUUCUUUCUUUUUUAUAGCUUUCAGCUGAAAUGUUCACCUUGAUUAGACAUGUUAGGUUUGGAACCAUUACCAAGUCAUUUCUCUAACAAAUGUUACGUAGCAUCUAUCAACUGGGACAUGUUUUUUAUGGAAACACCAAAAGAAAAUAUGAUGCUGCUAUUUAAAGUCAUGGAGGAAAGUUUAUUAAACUAAAAAACAAAGAACAUUUUGUUCCAAGUGCGUAACCCAGAAAAAGACCAGCUGUUUUAAACAAAAAAAACGUGCUUCAUCAACUGAGAGUGGCAUUCCUAAACACACACACACACACACGCACACACACACACACACACACACACACACACACUGUAAAAAAACAAAAGGGGUGUUUGAGGUUUCUUCUCUCACAUCAGAUUGGACACAGAAUGAACAUCAAACAUGCCCAGAGUUUAAUGAGCAGUGAUGAUGUCAAAAGCUAACUCGAGCCGGAGGCCUCCCACUUAUUUAGUACUCAUGUCAUUAAGUUAAAUUAGCAAAAUAAUGACUCAAUUUAAGAGACAUAAAACAGGAAAAGUGUUGAGAAUGGAGGUACUUACUUGUUUAUCCUCGGCCAUUUCUAAGGCACCAUCAUGUUUCGCACACAGAAUUAUUAGCAAUUCCUUUAUAAUUAAUGACUUGUAAAUUUGUACUGUUUUCGAUUUUGAGGGAAGAUUUCAGUCAUUAUUUUCCCUCUAAUUUUCCUCUGGGAUUAGCUCUUAUUUCCCUCUGGGAUUAAUAAAGUAUCUUUGAUUUGA